GGAGCAUUUUACAUUAAAUGCAGCAAAGAAGAUCGUUACCUGCAAGUUAUGCAAAGCUGAGCUUGUGUGGCAUGGAAGUACCACAGUGAUGCACGAACACAUGAAGAGGAAACACGUUGGUGUCACGGAUGAAGGUGAAACAGCACGCAAAUGGUGAUGAGCCUCCGUGUCUCAGAGCUUCAAGUUCUUCUGGGAUAUGCAGGCCGCAACAAGCAUGGACGAAAACAUGAACUCUUGACCAAAGCGCUACACUUGUUGAAAGUCGGCUGCAGCCCUGCCGUGCAAAUGAAGAUCAAGGAGCUCUACCGUCGGCGCUUCCCCACCAAGAUGGUGUCCCCGACAGACCUCUCACUUACUGGCAUUCACUCCAGUUCUGGAGGAGCUUCUGCAGGCCUAACCCAGCUGGGAUUCAAUAGGCACGGCUCACCCUCUCUACUACCUGUUGCACUGCUUGGGCCAAAACAUGAGCUGGGCCUGCCCCACCUGCCCUCUGCCCUUCACCCAGUACAUCCAGACGUUAAGCUCCAGAGGCUGCCCUUCUACGAUGUGCUUGAUGAGCUGAUCAAGCCCACAAGUUUAGCCUCUGACAGCAGUCAAAGAUUUCAGGAAACGUGUUUUGCGUUUGCACUAACGCCUCAGCAAGUUCAACAGAUCAGCAGUUCAAUGGACAUCUCUGGGACCAAAUGUGACUUCACUGUUCAAGUACAGCUAAGGUUUUGCUUAUCAGAGACAAGUUGUCCUCAGGAAGACCAUUUCCCACCCAACCUUUGUGUGAAAGUGAAUGGAAAACCCUGUAACCUCCCUGGAUACCUUCCUCCAACUAAAAAUGGAGUGGAGCCAAAGCGACCGAGCAGACCCAUCAACAUUACCUCCUUGGUUAGAUUGUCUACAACGGUCCCCAACACCAUUGUUGUGUCAUGGACAUCAGAAAUUGGGAGGAGUUACUCUAUGGCAGUUUACCUGGUCCGACAGCAGUCCUCCACUGUUUUGCUACAGAGACUACGGUCGAAAGGCAUUAGAAACCCAGACCACUCUAGAGCACUCAUCAAAGAAAAGCUUACUGCCGACCCUGACAGUGAGAUUGCCACCACUAGCCUGCGAGUCUCCUUGCUCUGUCCGCUCGGAAAGAUGCGGCUGACGAUUCCCUGCCGAGCACUCACCUGCUCACACCUGCAGUGCUUUGAUGCUACACUCUAUAUCCAAAUGAAUGAGAAGAAACCCACAUGGGUGUGCCCGGUCUGCGACAAGAAAGCCCCAUAUGAGCAUCUUAUUAUUGAUGGAUUAUUCAUGGAGAUUCUGAGCAGUUGUAUGGACUGUGAUGAGAUCCAGUUUAAAGAGGAUGGUAAUUGGGCUCCUAUGAGAUCCAAGAAGAUGGUACAGGAAGUGUCAGCCUCGUCAAACGGUAUUGAAGACUCUUGUCGUUCGGUUGUGUCAGCCCACAGAAACAGUUCGUCCCACAGCAGUAAUAAGGUGGAGGUGAUUGACCUGACGCUGGACAGCUCCUCAGAUGAUGAUGAUGAUGAUGAUGAUUACAAUGACGAGCCUCCACCUAAAAGAGCCUGUCCAUCCCUAUCACCCACCUCCCCACCUGUCAGCAAAGGAGUGUUAAAUCUGCAUCAUCAGGCAUCUCCACUGGCACAAGCUCAAAGCAUGCCUGCAGUGGAAUCUAACUACAUUCCUCCCCCCCCUCCUCUCAUCCAGGACUACCGUCACUAUUACCACACUCCCAGUGAUCUAUCAGAUCUGAAUUUCUUCUCAUUUUUACAAGGGGACAAUCACCAGCAUUAUAACAUGGUCAUGGCUGCUGCGGCCGCUGCCUCAGCCUCUGCAUCAGCAUCAGACGACCAUGAGCUGCUGCUAAACCGCUUCAUGCCCUAUGGUUCCUCACAGCUUUUCCUGGAGCAGUCGGGGACACCUGCAAGCAGCUCACUAGUGCCUGCUAAUGGCAGCGGAGGCAGCAGCAGUGGAAGCAGCAGUAGUCUGGUGUCCUCCAGCAGCCUGAGAGACAGCCACCCACAUAGCAAUGGCUCCCGCUCGCGCACUGAUGCCGCUGCCUCCGUUAUAUACGGCUCCAUCCCUGAUGUAAUUUCACUGGACUGACCACACUUGGGCGCCAUACAAACAGACUAGCCUUUAUCACAAACAGCAGGAGGGUGAAGCAGCAGCUUUGUGCACUCAUUAAUAGGAUUUAGACAUGAAUGAGGUGGAACGCUGGAAAAAAAGAGAACAAAGACUUUUGUAAAGAGAGCUGUGUACAGAGAAGAAAAAUCUAUUUUCGGUUUUACUUUUGUAUAUAAACAAUAGAACGCUGCCUACCCAGUGAGUGACUUCAGUCGGUAUUUUCUCCAUGGAUACUGAAAAUGUUUUUCACUGAUUUCUGUUCUGUGAUUAUCUUAUUCUAUACCUUUUAUACUUUUUUGCUAUUUUAUUUCACCUCAAAUAAUUAUUUUAGUCACAAUAAUGGAAAGGCAGUCAUCUGUAUAAUUAUUUUCCUGUCUGGUCAUAAGACUCUUUGCCCUCAGCCAUUGUUUGAACGAUGAGGGAACAUGAUAUUAUUUAACGCCAUUAUCCUGUGCAGGUAAUUUAUUAUUGCUUUUAAGUUAUGUAGGAUGUAUGCUGUACAGAAGCAUUCCCUUACGCCAAGACAGAGUCAAGCCACGACAUGCUUGAAGAGUCAACGGAGGUCAUGUCUUAUUCCUUUUGCACAUUCUCUCUCAUCCAUUACCACAUGAAGUAUCCAGAAGUAGAGAUAGGUUUAAAGAAAGCAGUGCCCAGAUUUGUUGGUUAUUAUCGGAGGUGAACUCUGGUUCUCACAAUCUUAUGUUCUUUAGAUGUUGUUUGUUUGUACCCUCAGAAAAUUUCAGGCACUAUUGCAUACCUCAUUAACACAGAAACCUUACAGAGGUGUAACGGCACAUGUCAGCAGACCUUCAGAUAUUUUGAAACUGUAUCUAAUUUUGAUACUUACAUGUUAGCCUCAUUUUUAUAAGCUGGUCGCUAGUUUCCAACUAUUACACACUCAUUUUGUUUGGCAAUUUAAAUAUGCACUCAGUGGACUUAACAAUUUAGAUUUUACUCCGGUUGAAUCCAAGUUGUGUAGCUUCCUUAAGAGGAUAUAAUUGGAACAACUGCAUUCUGACUCUGUCAACUAUGAUGAUUGAACUCAAUUGCAUCCUUUUUCAAUUUGGUGUCUGGUGUCUUCUGUCUUCUCAAAUGGCCCAUUUUAAAUUUCGAGAACAUAAUGUUUCCUUGAAAUGUCAUUUUCUCAAGGUCUGCAUAUCCUCCCUGUCAAAAGCCUAAAUAGGCUACAACUAAGAUUGGAAUCAACUGUAAUUGAAACAUCAUACAACCAUUAUCAUUGAGCCCCAUUAUUUAGCAUUACAGAUUUUCAAAGUGUGUUUGAAAGGUGACCUUAGUGCUACCUAGACAUCUGUGCUGUCUGUUUUGUCUGUAUAAAAUGUAAUUUAUUUAUUUUAUCUAUAUAUAUUAUAUUUUUACUAUUUGUUUGAUCAAGCAUUACUGUCUUGCAUUUAUUUCUUAAUUAUUUGACAAGCUCUUAACACUUGCUUUGCAUUGUACAAGUAUUUAAUUAUGUGUCCAUGUCUCAUUCUCUCAUAUUUGUACUAUAUGAGACACCUGAGGCAUUAAUUCCACAAUCUUACUUGCUGUGUCAGUUUCAGCUUUUGUUGAAAUUAAACAAUUUAAAGGAUAAAAGCCAGCUGAGUGUGCAUAUCCUCUAGCUCAGUUAUUUUUAAUGACCUAGGCAUUGAAUAGUAAUGGUUAUCCAUUGAUCUUCCUCCAUUAAAGAGGUUGUGGCACAAUGUUGGGUUUUGAUGAGUUGGCACAUACUUUAAAUCACAGUUUAAGAUUUGAUUACAGCUAGCACACAGAAAAGACCACUAACUUUCCUUACUGAAUGUUUCCAAGUGAUUUAGAACAAAUGUUCAACUAAGUUUCAAAUUAACAAUUGGCCAUAAACACUUUUGACAUUCUUUAGUACUGAAAUUAUACAUUUCACAUGCCCCCUGAAUCGCCACAUCUGCCUUCCCUUGAAGUGUACCACUAGACAGUCAGUCCAUAGCUGUACCAAUAACUGGCAGCAUGAACUCGCUGCCUUAAGUUCUUCCCUUACUGUAUGUAUGCUAUGAGAGAAACCUUUAUGUACAGGAAACCAAUACCAGUUUGUAUAAAAAAAUUAUAUUAAUUAUUUAUUAUUUCAAUUGGGAUACAUUAUUUACCUAAUGAAUGUUACUUGUUUAUGUAGAGAGCGAUUUAGCUGUAAUAAAACAAAUACAU